AUGGCUCCCAGCCCGCCGCAGCCCUGCCACCACCAGCAGGCGCCCUUCUUCCCCGACGCCCUCCUCCACACCGACCACCCACAGCAAGCCGCCGCCACCGCCCUCCGCAUCCUCCAGCACCUCUUCGCCACCCUCAGCAGCCCCACCACCCCCCAACACUGGGACGCCCAGGCACGACACCACCUCCUCAACAACCUCCACCACCACAUCCACCACCUGGAGCAAUGCAUGCUAGCCAACGGCAUGCUCUUCAAAAGGCGAGGGCCCCGCAACCUGCUGCUCAACGUCAACAAAUACUUCCGCCACAUCCACGACUUCCUCCACACCCACAACCACAGCGCCUGCGCCUGGGACCACGUCCGCCUCGAAGCUCGCGUCUGCUUCCAACACGUGCACACACUCAUGCGGCGGAUGAAGAGCUGA